GCGCUCCAGCCCGCGGCGCCUGCGCAGAAAGCACUAGACGCUGAGAGGCAGGAGGCACUUGGGAUCGUCCGCAGGGUUGGGACUGCUACAGAGGCCGCCACGGAGCCCGCCGGAGCCACCGUUCCUCCGGCUGCUGCCGCCGCCCGAAUCGGAACCGUCGGGCCGCAGCCGCCGGCAAUGCCGCGAAGGAAGAGGAAUGCAGGCAGUAGUUCAGAUGGAACGGAAGAUUCCGAUUUUUCUACAGAUCUCGAGCACACAGACAGUUCCGAGAGCGAUGGCACGUCCCGCCGAUCCGCCCGCGUCACCCGCUCCUCUGCCCGGCUCAGCCAGAGCUCCCAAGACUCCAGCCCCGUCAGAAACCUGCAGUCCUUUGGAACCGAGGAGCCUGCCUAUUCUACCAGGAGAGUGACCCGCAGCCAGCAGCAGCCCAACCCAGUGACCCCGAAAAAGUACCCGCUGCGGCAGACGCGUUCGUCUGGCUCGGAGACCGAGCAGGUGGUGGAUUUCUCAGACAGAGAAACCAAAAACACGGCGGAUCAUGACGAGUCACCCCCGAGAACGCCAACUGGAAACGCGCCCUCUUCAGAGUCUGACAUUGAUAUCUCCAGCCCCAACGUGUCCCACGACGAGAGCAUGGCCAAGGACGUGUCCCUGAAGGACUCGGGCAGCGACCUCUCUCACCGCCCCAAGCGCCGUCGCUUUCACGAGAGCUACAAUUUCAACAUGAAGUGUCCCACACCCGGCUGUAACUCCCUAGGACAUCUUACUGGGAAACACGAGCGACAUUUCUCCAUCUCAGGAUGUCCUCUGUACCAUAACCUCUCAGCUGAUGAGUGCAAGGUGAGAGCACAGAGCCGGGAUAAGCAGAUAGAAGAAAGGAUGCUGUCCCACAGGCAAGAUGACAACAACAGGCAUUCCACCAGGCACCAGGCACCAACAGAGAGGCAGCUGCGAUAUAAAGAAAAGGUGGCUGAACUUAGGAAGAAAAGAAAUUCUGGACUGAGCAAAGAGCAGAAAGAGAAAUACAUGGAGCACAGGCAGACCUAUGGGAACACACGGGAGCCCCUCCUGGAGAACCUGACCAGCGAGUACGACCUGGAUCUCUUCCGCCGAGCACAGGCCCGGGCGUCAGAGGACCUGGAGAAGCUGCGACUGCAAGGGCAGAUCACCGAGGGUAGCAACAUGAUUAAGACGAUCGCCUUUGGCCGCUACGAGCUGGACACGUGGUACCACUCUCCUUACCCUGAGGAGUACGCGCGGCUGGGCCGGCUCUACAUGUGUGAGUUCUGCCUGAAGUACAUGAAGAGCCAGACCAUACUCCGCCGGCACAUGGCCAAGUGUGUUUGGAAACACCCGCCUGGAGACGAGAUAUAUCGCAAAGGCUCCAUCUCGGUGUUUGAGGUAGACGGCAAGAAAAACAAGAUCUACUGCCAAAACCUGUGCCUGUUGGCCAAGCUUUUCCUGGACCACAAGACAUUAUAUUAUGAUGUGGAGCCCUUCCUGUUCUACGUGAUGACGGAAGCGGACAACACUGGCUGUCACCUGAUUGGAUAUUUUUCCAAGGAAAAGAACUCAUUCCUGAACUACAAUGUAUCCUGCAUCCUUACCAUGCCUCAGUACAUGAGACAGGGCUACGGCAAGAUGCUCAUUGACUUCAGUUAUUUGCUUUCCAAAGUGGAAGAAAAAGUGGGCUCCCCAGAGCGCCCGCUCUCGGACCUGGGGCUCAUCAGCUACCGAAGUUACUGGAAAGAAGUGCUGCUCCGCUACCUGCACAAUUUCCAGGGCAAAGAGAUUUCUAUCAAAGAAAUCAGCCAGGAGACGGCUGUGAACCCCGUGGACAUCGUCAGCACUCUGCAGGCCCUUCAGAUGCUCAAGUAUUGGAAAGGGAAACACUUGGUUUUAAAGAGACAGGACCUGAUUGACGAGUGGAUAGCCAAAGAGGCCAAACGGUCCAACUCCAAUAAAACCAUGGAUCCAAGCUGCUUAAAAUGGACCCCUCCCAAGGGCACUUAAAGUGACCCAUCAUUCUGAGCCAGCGAACCCCAGCAGUAGGAAUCCAUCCCCUAGGGAUCUGUCUGUCAUUUCUGUCGCUCUCGUGAUUGGCAAGUGCAGUACCCUUUGGGAAGGCCACGCCCCUCAGGACUGUCCUGGCUCCGCCCUCGUGUACACUGCAGACGCUGGUUCUGAGGAACUGUUGUUUCGGCCUCAGUGAGGUUGCCCGGAUGGGACCGCGCCGGCAUGGGCUGCGGCUCCUGCAUAGCACUGACCCAAGGAGUUCUGUUCUGGUACUGUACCUGUCCAGUCACUGGUUCCGCCUCAUGUCCUCUGCCCCAUGAGGUGUGUCGUGUCCGCUGAGCUUCGUUCUAGUGCUUCUUGCCACCUGGUCACCAGACCUCCCAAUAACGGUUGCCAUGGCCAGGACCUUCGUGGUGGCCACUGCCACACGUGUCUGGGGAGCGGCUGGCAGGGGUGGCACUUGGCAGAGGGGGGGGGGGUCCGUGGGCUCACCAGGAGGGGGCCGUCCACCUCAGGUGGCACCUCACUGACCCUUUUGCGCCUCUCUUUAUGUCCGUAUCGGUGUCGGGCUGAUCAGAGCUGAGGACUCGCGGGGAGCUUGUUGGCAGUUCGAGGGGCGGCCACACUGUGUUUACCUGCCUGUGGCGGUGGGCAGAGUCUCGGUGGAAGAGGACGGAAGCUGCUUUUCGCCCCACUGAAAAGUGCCCGGCAGUGGACGUGCUCUCCCUGCCUGCUUGGCCCUUUUUACUCCUGCAGGUGCCAAAGUGAUUCCCAGUGCUCCCCGCGGUGCCCCAUGGUGACUGGUGGGCUCAGCCACGCACCUCCGCCAGCCUUUGGGGGGGGGGGGAUUUGCCCUGGAGCCCCUGGGAGAAGCUACGGGUGAUUGGGAGAGGGUGGCUGGGAGCAAUUCCCAUGUUGCCCGGGACCCCGCGAGGCAGGGCUUCCGGCGCGCAGCAGCAGCGUAGCCCCCUGGUGGAGGACGCCGCGCUCCGCCCCUCUGAACUGCUGCUCCUCCCUUUUGGGCUGUGCUGCCGUGCUCCCCUCCGGUCUCCUCUAUUUUCGGUGUUGUCUGAGUGCAGGAAGAGACUCUCCUCUAAUUUCCCCGCGCCCGUUAUAACCUGCUAUCUUGGGGCAGCCUUUGAUGUCUGACGCGUCGCCCUUCCCAGCUCAGUCUCCUCCGACACCGCCGUCUUUGCGCGGCAUCCUCACCAUGAUCCUGACUCUGGUCAUUUGUGCCUUUCUCUCGUCAUCUCUGUACACUACUUAUACUCACUGUGGGUUUUGGGGAGCUGUUGAAGCAUGUUCUGUGGUGGCUCCCCUCCAGUGUCACUGUCCCAGUCUCUCCAAAAGCAACCUCACCGGGGUUUUGUUAUGGGGUGAAGGCCUUUUGCGGACGCCACGUCCUCCUCCACGUGUGGUAGAAUGUGCUCUUCUGUAUCUACUCAAUAAAGCAUGUUCUCUGCUCA